AAUAGACUGUUCAGUUGAUUGCGAUCCGCCGAUACAAAUUUAAAGAAGAAGUCUCAUUAGCUAACUGACAAACAUCUCUUCUAGGGUGUAUUUUUACAGCUCUCAGUUGAAGUAUAAAUAUAGUCUAUUGAUAGCGUAGGAAGAUGGAAGACGACGUUUUAACAACACUGAAAAUAUUAAUAAUUGGAGAAAGUGGCGUUGGAAAGUCCAGUCUUCUCUUGAGAUUCACAGAUGACACAUUUGAUCCAGAACUAUCAGCAACAAUAGGCGUUGAUUUCAAGGUGAAGACCAUCUCAGUGGACGGGAACAAGGCAAAGUUGGCAAUAUGGGACACAGCUGGCCAGGAGCGUUUCCGAACCCUGACGCCUAGUUAUUACCGCGGCGCGCAGGGAGUCAUCCUGGUGUAUGAUGUAACGCGACGGGAUACUUUUACCAAGCUGGACAACUGGCUCAAUGAGCUGGAGACGUACUGCACAAGGAAUGACCUCGUCAAGAUGCUGGUCGGGAACAAAAUUGAUAAGGAAAACCACGAACUAGACAGGAAUGAAGGCCUGAAGUUUGCAAGAAAACAUUCCAUGCUGUUUAUAGAGGCCAGUGCUAAGACGCGUGAUGGGGUCCAGUGUGCGUUUGAGGAGCUGGUUGAAAAGAUCAUCCAGACCCCUGGACUGUGGGAGAGCGAGACGCAGGGCCGAGGGGUCCAGCUGGGCCGGCAAGACCAGGCUGCAGGGGGGAGCUGUGGAGGCUACUGCUCCCUGGUUUAGACAACACACACACACACACACACACACACACACACUACAUACACACGCAACGCAUACAAAACAUAGACACUCAUAUACACACACAUACAAAACGCACACCACACACACUCAAUUGAAAGACACCCUACCAAACACUCACACUGAUGGCUGAUGUCCUGCUAUGAAGGCUAUAGUUUCCAGACCAUUUCCCCCAUCGGCCCCUGAGGUGUGGAGUGAGGCAGGGCUGCUCCUGGCCAGCACCCUCCGCUCACUGGCUGUGAUCAUUCAUAGGGACAUUGCUGUUUGCACACUUCCUGGUAUCAUGGCUAUAAUUCUGUUUUAAAGGUCCUCUACCCUGUCUUUCUGAAAAUGAAAUGAGUGUAUGACUUGGUAGAAUAGUGAAGGGGAAAAACACUACCAUGGAUAGCAGAUGGGGUAUUAUUCUUAUUUAGAAAAGGAUCAUUUUCUAUCACCUGUUCUCAUUUAGGGUUGUUACGACUUUUGUUUGCCCUCCCCUCCCAACACUUUGCAUUUCCUUUGUAGAAAUGUUUCCCCCUAUUAUCUCUCCCUUAGCACUUUGUUCCUCUUAGCAAGGCAAGCACAACUAGUGUGUGUUGGCUGCAGGGAUGAUUCUCCAGCGUGUGUAUCUACCCUGUGUGAUCAUGCAGCCUUGUCCUCCUCCAGUGCUUGCCCUCCUAACAGCGCUGCGGUUGAUUUUCUUAUCAGCCUAAGCGUCAUGUAUUCUCUCUCUCGCUCUCUCUCUCUUCCACAAACUGCCUCUUUUUGUUCUAAAAAUUCUACAGUCACCAAGUUUCUGGAACAAAGUUUUACAGCUUUUAUUGACUUGGACUCCCAAACUUUCAGCAUUUUUUUUUUUUUUUGAAGGGUUUAUAAAUCAAACAGAUUGGCAUGGGAGGGUUGGCUUUCCAUUGUGUGUGUUAUGAAAAAGAAACUAAAUGAAGAAACGCUGCAUGCCUUGUUUUGUUGGUGGUUGUUCUAAUGGGCUGUGACCAACCUGGUUAUCUGCCACUCUGACAGUUAAAUAUGAAUAUCUGUAUCAGCGCUAGCUUCAGUCUUGCUUCAGCUUUUCAUAAUGAAUCCCGAUAUGGAAAAAAAAAAGACAGAAGGAAAAGUUUUCUAUAUUAAAGAAUACAUUGAGUCAUAUGGGUGUUUGCAUUGAAAUCAAAGAAAGAGGUGUAAGACCUGUAAAAAUGUUUUUUGCAGUGUUCUGUCUCCGUGUUCCAUGUCCUUAGACCUUGCCUGUAGUUCUUGAGUGCCAGAAAGAAUGUGUUGGGAAAUGUAGUUUUGGGUGACCGUACCAAUGACCUACAGUAUAUUUGUGGCAGGAGUGACACGGAUGCCUUUACAGUAUGUCUAAUCAGAAUAUAAUUCUUUCUUAUCCUUUUUUUAAUUGCAUGGAGAAUUCUUCUUUUAAUUUUUCAUGUUUGUUCUAUAAAUGCCUUGCAGAGAAAGUUGCGGUGUGUCCCAAAUGGCACCCUAUUUCCUAUAUAGUGGACUACUUUUGACCACCCUGGUCAAAAGUAGUGCACUAUAUAGGAAAUAGGGUGCCAUUUCGGACACAAACCUGGACUGUAUGAACCACACAUACACAACAAGCGGGUUAGAUGUACCUGCAUCCAGAACCUUGCACACAGGUUUAUAGUAGACUACAUUGGGAUUUUCUAUUUGUCCUGAAUGAACUAGACGUCUACUUUAUGAUUGAAAUGACAGAGACUCUUGAACUUGUUAUUUUCUGUUUAUAUGUGACAGCAUAUAAACACAUUGUAAAUUAAUGUGUGUGUGAUUGUAAAAUGUGAAUGUAUACAUAUUACAAUUAUAAAACCACCCUAUGUAUUAAAGUGAAUAAAGUAAUUUUUAAAGGA